UCGCGUGCAGGAAUCCGGUUUGGUAGAAUGGAGAUGAGUUCUACCGCGUAGAGAGCUACCUAUCUAGAGAGCUAUCUAGAGAGCUAGGUACCCAUCAUACGGUAAUCUACCGUAGUCUAGAGCCUGGGCCCUGGGCCUGAGGUCCCAGCCUCCACCUGUACUCGAAAGCAAUGGCAGGGCGGCAAGCCGCAAGCAUCAUAAUACCUAAUACCAUUGGCACAAGUGUUUACAGCAUUCCCUGAAACCGAGGUGUGCGCUUCUUAGCACAGCUUUUCCCUUAUCCGAGCGUGUGCGCCCUGGACUUGCGUUUCUUUUGCUGGCUGCAGGACUUGGGCAGGCAUUGCGUGGCAAGCAGCACUGACGCCAAUUCCCACACCUGAGCUCGGGGCAAUGACGUCUUCCAGCAAGGAGCCGACGGACCUUCCCGAGCUGGUGGAUCCCAAGCUUCUGCGAAGGCGAAGAGCAGAUGCACCAGCCAUCGGCGAAGGGCAGGCGUUGGAUGAGAGGCUGAAUGAUGCCGGGGCCGCAGCUCCACUGGAAGGCACACCUUCGCAGUCCAGGGGCUUAUGGUGGCAAUACAAGCACCUGGCGCCGGUGCCCAUCACUCUGGUGGCGGGGGUGGUCCUGACCACCAUCAUGACCCCCUACUUCAAGGAUCCCCUCAUCGCCAACCUCAUCAAGGAGCACUUCAACCCGCACUACGUUGGGAUCUUGGGGUUUGACGCCUUCCUGGGCUUUGUUGUGCCCUUCUUUGAGACCAUGGCCAACAGCGAGACGUACGGCAUCAUUCCGCUGGGAUACUUUAUCACGACCCACUUGGGCUGGCAGAUGGCGGGCGCCAUUGAGUCGUCCCGCGUGGACGCGCGCACCAACUUCUUCGUGCACUUUUACACGCUGGUCGUGGUCGUGGCGCUCGUCAUCGGGUCAUACGUCAUCACGCCGCUCGUCUGGAUCGUGGCCUACCUCAGCUUCAACAAGGUCGCGUCAACCGCCCUCAAGUUCGACCACGACGUGCGGCCGAAGCGCGUCCACCAGGCGCGCAUUGUGGCUGCGUGCGUGGUGGUCAUAGUGGGCUUCAUCCCGUUCCUGGCGGGCAUGGUGCUGAGCCACGACAAGGCCAAGUUUAUCUGGAACACCGCGCUCUUUUUCACCACGCCCCUCCUGUGGCAGCUCAUCUGGAGCCCCUUCGGCCGCGGGCCGCCAAAGAUGCACAAGCACACGACCGUUGCUGCUGCCAUUGACAGGGAGCAGAUCAAGGGCCACCGCGCGGCGAUGAACUCGCUGCUCAUCAUUGCGGGCGGGUGCAUCGCUUGGCACAUGUAUGCAAUCAUUGCGGUGAUCAAGGACCCGACGAUCGUGAGCAGCCUGUAUAACGUGCUGAUGCACUACGAGGGGCACCUGCACACCAUCCUCUUCAUCUGGGUCGACGAGAUCGUGCUCUGGGCAGGCUUUCUCAUGAUCCCCCUCGUUCAAGAGGGCCUCCAGGCUGCCGCGCUCUUUGCGGCGGCGACCCUUGUGGUGGGCCCCGGCGCAGCUGUUGCCUUUUACUUUUUCUGGCGUGAGGCCCAGUACCUGGACAUUGUGGAGAAGCCGCACGAGUCGCUGGAGGACCGGAAGGAGCGCUACCGCUCGCAGACGCUGCCCCACAAGGUGAAGUGGACGGUCAGACAAGUGCAAGAGCCGUGGAAGCGGACCUUGUCCCUGGGCCGGCGGCAACCGGCGAGCUGAGGAUGAAGGCGCAGCUGCUUGACUUGGGAUGAAGACUGUGGUGUACAUAUGCUUGAACUCACUAGUAUAUGGGCAGUUGUCAACGUAUUCGACGUGUCCCGUACUAGCUUGGAAGCAGCCGGGCUAGUACCUAUGGUCACUUGACCAUGACACUAAGUUCGUUGCUGCAGCGCCGCAGUGAAUCCAUUAUUAGUAGUAUCCUUUACUGUAGUCUCCUUUGAUUUGAGUUUCGACAUAUCUGAUCAGGAAUCGAAGCAGAUUCAGUAUUGCUUUGAAAACUCACUGAAGUGACAAGUAAGUGAUAGCAGAUUCGAUUACACGUUAUCAGAAAAUUUGUGUAAGAUAUCUACUCAGAGUCCACAUGAUUGCAAAACGUUGGAGAGCACCGUCCUGUAGCGGCAUGAGAUAGAUUUAUAAAAGACGUACCAUUGCAAACUUCACUUACAAACACUGCAACCGUCAUCCAAGGCUCAAAUUUGCGCGAAGACACACGCGGCAGUACGCAG